ACAAGCAGCUUCCAUCGCGUGUAACGUUCCCGCCGAAUCCACGCACCGCCGACAGAGGGGAUAUUCUUAGCAACACACCCGCGUCGAACAAGCUUCAAGAGCGCAUCGUCGCCUGCCAUGGAAGACACGCCACGCUCGUCCAAGCGCAGAAAGCUCGACACCCCGAAGCGCACAGCAUCGAGCCCCUUGGCCAAGAGUUCGGUGAAGAGGGCGUCGGGAAGAGUUGCCAACCGAUCCGUGUCGUAUGCACAGGAGCCUGGCUUGUCAGACGUGGAAGAAGAAGAGCCCACGCCGAAGCGCAGUGCACGAGGUCCCAAGAGCACCACGAAUGGCCCACUAGCCAAGCACGCCGCCGUCGAGGACCCGGACAUAUACGAUGAUAUCGACGGCGCUUUAGGCAUUCAGACGUCGCCCCGGCCGACAAUACGGCGACCCAGACCUACGCCCACACCCAAGAAAGACAUUGCGAGUUCAGGAGACACGAUCGAGGUGCUCGAGCCUGUUGUCGCCCCACCAAAACGUGGGAGAGGACGACCAAGGAAAGAGGCAGUGGGCCCAAGCCAGAGCACAUCUCGCACCUUAGUCAGUGGCCAUAAUAACGGAGCGAAUGGGGAGGCAGACGAGGUCGCAAACGUGUCGACUCCCAAGAAGACAAAGGCCAGCACAACGACGGCUGCAUCAGCACGCAAGACGCCGGCUCCAAGAGCAAGCGGGCGAAAGAAGAAGGCACCAGCUCCUGCACCAGAGCAAGACCAAGAAGCAGACGAGCCGCAGAGUGGGGUGAUUGGCACGUCUCCAUCGAAGCUACGGCAAAAGAAGAGAACGGCUAGCACCAUACACGUCGAAGUCGUCCCCGAGAUGGACGAGGAAGCACCUGCCGGGAUACUCUCGAGAUCGGCUAGACAACGCAAGCCAGUAGAGAAGCCCUCGGCGGCUUUACAGUCCGAGGACGACCAUGACACGCCGAGCAGCACGAGGCAGACAGCAAGCGCUAGACGGCGAAACAACCGUGCCGAUCACGCACACAACCGCGCCGACGAGAGCUCGCCGGAGUGUAUCGAGCAAGUGGACGGCCACGAUGAGGAUGCGUCGGACGUGGACGAAAACAGCAUCUUAGACAGUAUGCUGGACCCCACCGAGCCGAGUCCGUUCAACAAGCCCACUUCAGCAAAGAAGGAAAAGCCGCUGCCCCCGCUCAUAUAUCAAGGCCUUGCUGCAGGCCGCGAGUUGGACCUGCUCAAGACCAUACUCCUGGAACGCAUCACAGGCAAGCGUCCGCCGCCCCUCACCGGCCUAGACGAAGAGUACAAAUCGGUUCACCAACUUGUCGAGCAGACCAUCACCGCUGGAGAAGGCAACUCUAUGCUGUUGAUUGGCGCACGAGGAAGUGGCAAAACAGCGCUUGUGAACAAGGUCCUUGCAGAGGUCUCGCGGGAAAAUGGCGGAGAAUACCAUGUUGUACGCCUGAACGGUUUAAUACACACAGACGAUAAGAUUGCGCUGCGUGAGAUAUGGCGGCAACUGGGCAAAGAGAUGGACAUUGAAGAAGACGGCAGUGGGCCUGGCAAGAACUACGCUGACACGCUGACAACUCUCCUUGCAUUACUUUCCCAUCCGUCUGAGCAGACAGGCGAGCUCACAGAACAGGUGGCCAAAGCAGUCAUCUUCGUCAUGGAUGAAUUCGAUCUUUUCGCCCAACAUCCGCGUCAAACCCUGCUCUACAACCUCUUCGACAUCGCUCAGUCGCGGAAGGCUCCUAUCGCCGUAUUGGGGCUGACCACACGUAUCGAUGUGACAAACAGCUUGGAGAAACGAGUGAAAAGUCGCUUCAGUCACCGCUAUGUGCACCUCAGUCUCGCGAAGACAUUUACAGCGUUCCAGGAGAUUUGCAAGGCAUGUUUGACUGUGCAGACCGAGCAGCUGAGUCUUGAAGAGAGAGGAAUAUUGCAGGGCGGCACAACGAGCACACCCGGGAAGAAGGGCAGCAAGGCUCCCCAGCAAAACGUUCUGGAAGGAUGGAAUGCGAACAUCGAAAAACUCUUCACUUCUCCUUCUUUUCUCAAAUCUCAUCUAGCACCCGCAUUCUAUCGUACAAAGUCCGUACCUUCUGUCCUGACGACGUUCUUCCUUCCAACCGCAUUACUCUCCCCGACCUCCGCUUUCGAACCACUCAAUCUUCUUCAUCCGCCGGACGCCAAACUAUCUCUCCUCCCUCACCUCUCAACGCUCGCUCUCUCCCUUCUCAUCGCUGCCGCGCGACUCGACAUCAUCCACGAUAGCGAUACCUGCAACUUCAACAUGGCCUAUGACGAAUACGUAACACUGGCCUCGAAAGCCAGAAUCCAGAGUGCUGCGGGUGGAUUGAGUGCUAGUAGCAGUGUGAGUAAGGUCUGGGGCAAAGAUGUCGCGAGGAGAGAAUGGGAGGGCUUGGUCGAGUUGGCGCUUGUGAUGCCGGUCAUUGCUGGGCAAGCAGGAGGGUUUGGGAUGGUAAGGGCAGAUGUUAGUUUGGAGGAGAUAGGGGACGUGUUGAAGGCGGAGAAAGAGAGAGGGUUGGAGAGGUGGUGUAGGGCUAUAUAAGGUGGUUUGACGGUGGUGCUGAUGGCUUCGGCCCAUCUUGUUCGCUCUAUAGCGCUAUCUGCAUCUAUAACAUCGCUGUUGGAGC